GCUUAUGAACAAAAGCCACUGUGCCUGAUUGUUUCUUCUCCAUCCCUUCUCUCUCGAUCCCCUCUCGGUCCCCAGCUCUGAGGGUUUUUCAAUCAUCCAUUUUCCCUCCAAUUUUAUCUCUAACUUCAUUACAGUUCUCUUUCACUUUGAACCCUGAAAAUUCCUCUUCUUUUAGGGUUUAUCAUAUAUCCUAUACGAUUAUUUUUCCACCCUAAUCUCUUUUUUCUGCUUCUUCAAUGAUCUAAUUGAUCUGGGAUUCUUCAGUUUCGUUUCUUUCUUUUGGUUUUUGAAUACAUCUCUGCUGUUCACUACAAUUAGCAUUUCUCUUUCUCUCUUUGCUUUUCGAGGAAAAUCUUGAUGUUGGAUGGUUCCUUGGCUUAUAGUAUUUCAAUUGGUUGGUGAUUAAUGGAGACAUGACGAUUCAAAUAUGAGCAAUGGAGGUACAGAUACUGUACAAGGAAGACCCAAAGCGUAUGACUUUGGUCAGGCGGUGUCUAGAAUGGCAGUUGCGCAAAUAUGCGAGGCCCUGGGUUUUCAGGGUUUCAAAGAGUCGGCUUUAGAUGCAUUUACUGAUGUAGUAAUUCGUUACCUUCUUGACCUAGGCAAGAUUUCAAGCUUUCACGCUAAUUUAUCAGGUAGAACCCAAUGUAAUUUAUUUGACAUAGUUCGAGGUUUUGAAGAAAUGGGUGCACCGCGAGGGUUUUCGGGUGCAUCAAAUUCUAGCAAUUAUGUUAUUAAUUGGGGUGAUGUUAAGGAUAUAAUUGAAUUUGUGGGUUGUACCGAGGAUAUCCCUUUUGCUCAACCAGUGCCAUCUUUUCCAGUUGUUAGAGAUAGGAGAUUGAUUCCCAGUUUUUUAACCAUGAGUGAAACACCACCUGGGAAGCAUAUCCCAGCUUGGUUGCCUGCUUUUCCUGAUCCUCACACGUAUGUCCACACUCCUUUGUGGAAUGAGAGGGCUGCGGAUGCUCGUGCUGAAAAAAUUGAGCAAGCAAGGCAAAGGAGAAAGGCAGAGAGGGCUUUGUUGAGUUUGCAGCAGAGGUUGGUGAGCAAUGGCUCAGCAGGAGCAUCUUCUUCGGUGGCUGGUAAUGACAAUGUUAAGGAAUUAGGAGUAGUUGAGUCUAACACAUUUCUUUCCAUCCCUUUGAAACCUGGGGAGAAGGAUGUUUCUGCCAUUGUGUUGCCGGACAAGGUAAAACACACUGUUUGUUUGAUGGAGGCUUUUGCACCUGCUAUUGAAGCUGCAAAGGAAGAUGGCCUUCCAGAUGGUGGAGACAGUGCGAGGAGGUUGCUUCCUGGGAAGAGGCCUGCUGUGAACUUUAAAUUUAAAACUGGGAAGAAGCUACUAGGUGAACCUUUGGAUUUGACUCUUACAAGGAAGGGUGGAGGGAGAAUGGGGCAUUGGUUAGGGAGGGAUGAGGAGAGGGAUGAUAAGAAGAGGAGAGCAGAGUAUAUACUUAGGCAGUCUAUGGAAAACCCACAGGAACUCACCCAGUUGUAAAGUAAUUCAUUGACUGACUAGCUUAUUCAAGAAUGGCUGCAGCAGUGGGCUAGGGGGCAUAUUAAGUGGAUAUCAUGAGAUUCUGUUUGAGUCCCUCCGAUUCCUACUAACAAUUUUUUUGGGUAUGUGAGUGCUUGUUUUCUGUUUCUUUGUAUUUGGUCUCAACUGAUGCUUUGACAGUUUGACAGUGAAGUGUUAGCCUCUUUGUUCCUCUUUGGAUAUUCAUGUGGAAUUGAUUUCUUAUAGAACUGAAUGCUGACAAGGGGUCAUAUAUCCAAACCCUAUUAGUUUGGGAUUAAGACUUAGUUGUUGUAUUAUGGAAAAAAUGCAGUGUGCUUCCUGGUUCUGGCUAUUGGUGCCUCUCUCUGUGUUUUGACAUGCAGUAAAGUUUAUAUAUGUAGGAUAUUAUGCAAUUCUGCAAAUAGCAUGAUAAUUGUAUCAUGCGUUAAACAAUUUGAGGCAAUAGUUAUCUAGAGGAGGAAAAAGGCAAUACCUCCCAUAAUAUGAGAAAUAGUCGCUAAAUACCAGUAGUUAACUUAAGAAGAAUGUUCAAGUAUCCAGUUUAGAGAUGGCUUUCUACAUAUUUCUGCUGUGUAGCAUUUAUUCUACAAAUUAUAAAAAUGUAAACACUUUAAUUUCUUACAUGCUCGAUAGAACACUGGGUGUAAUAUGGACCAGAUAUUAUUAUUACUAUGUCCUGUUGACAGCAUGUAAAUCAGCAUUAAAUUUUUCUACUCAAAAAGAGAAAAUUGGUAUUUGGUGCAUGCACAUUUUAAUUUGACUUCAUUCAUGGAAGUUUAUUAGUAUUUGAUUGCAUAGCAAUUCAAGGUUUCUGUAUUAUUGUUGGUGCACUUUAUGAUGGGAUUUUUUGGAGUUUUGUUGCAUCAUACGAGAUGUAUAGUGCAGUCAUUUUAUUGGAUCCAAAUUAUUCUUGGCAUCUUUGAGAAAUGGAGGAUAUGCAAAAUACCUUAAUGUCGCGACUGAGAACUUUUUAGGCUGGGCAGAUUACAUUAUGAGACCAUUUUGAGAAAUGCUGCUUUCUCGAAGAUGCUUACUUCACUGGCAAUUUUUCUUCCAUUGUUUUACGUUGGAAGACAAGGUUUGUUUUGUAGAGAAAAUAAUGGCAGAAGCUUGUGGUUUCCGCUGGCAAAUGAAUUGGAGUUCACAGGCGGAUACUGCAAGGGGAAUUGGGGAAGACAAGUUCCCGUCCUAUGCAAUAGUUCGUAUUUUGGAGGGGCUGUUGUGCCUAUUUUGCUUGCAAUUGUCUGCAUCUUUUAUCGAUAGGAUUCCAGAGGAAAAAAAAAAACAAAGUUGAUCGAGUAUAUCUAAUCUGGAUCUGGAGGUUUUAUUUUUGAUUUUUUGUGAAUUUUAAGCAAUUUGAGGAUGCAAGUUAAUUGCACCAGUAACUUGUGGACUUCUCUAUAAUGCAGCCUCCUGUUUUACUA